GAGCACACCUGCCCGAUUGGGUUUCUCGAAGAGGGCGCCGGAGCUGUCUCCUCCAUCCCUUCUCCACCUUCCUCCCUUUUCUAUGGUUUUUUAAAUUUUUUUUGAGAAGCCGCUCAGCUUCUUCUCCGCCGUCUUCGCCCUCCGUGACCCUUUCUUCCACCUUCUCUCCUCUCUCUCUGCGCCGCCAAUGAUCUCGACCUUCACCGCCGUACAACUCCAUCUCUGACGGCUCUGAGCUUUUCUCCAUCCCCGGCUUUCCCCAUACCAUCCAUGUCACCCGUUCUCAACUCCCGGAAGUCUUCAGCUUCCCAUCAUACUCGACUGGCUCCGAGAAGCCGAGCUUUCCAACCAUGCAGUCAUCGUCACGGCGGAGCAGAUAAAGGAGCUAGCUUUCUGGUUGGAGAACUUCGGCGAAGGUUUUAUUUGGGCGGUUGGGUCCGGCGAGGUGGUGGAGUGGAUUCCGGAGGGGUUUGAGAAGAGAGUUCAAAGAUUGGCAUCCAUUUAAAUCCCCCCAUGGGGUCUCGGUUCUCCAAGCUGAGAACUUGCUGCUGGGGCUCUUACAAUAAUGUUACUGUGCUGGAGACGCCGGAUGUUGAGAGUGAAGUGAAGAGUGAGGGUGAUGGGCUGCCGGUGUUCCAGGAGUAUUCUUUUGAGCAGCUCCGGCUUGCUACAUUUGGGUUUGCGGUAGAGAACAUUGUGUCCGAGCAUAGGGAGAAGGCGCCUAAUGUAGUGUACAAGGAGAAGUUAGAUGCGCAACGCAGGAUUGCUGUUAAGCGGUUCAAUCAUGCUGCAUGGCCCCGAUCCUCGCCCAGUUCUUGGAAGAAACGAGAUCUGUUGGUCAACUUAGAAGCCAAAGAUUGGCAAAUUUACUUGGGUCAUGCUGUCAAGGCGAAGAGAGGUUGCUUAUUCGUCGAAUAUAUGCCCAAUGAUACUCUUGCUAAGCACCUUUUUUUCAUUUGUUACCAAUUUGGAUUUUAUUCUGUUUUAGCAGCAGAACCGUUGUUCAAAACAGAAGUUAUUGGCAUAUUUUAG